CGCGAGGAAAAAUAUUUUUGACAAAUUUUCCAAAUAUUUAUACACUUUGAAAAUUACAUUAAGUCACUUUUUAAACAAUGUAAAAUCCGUUCCAACGUUCCUUUGCAAUUCCGACCGUCUAGACUUUCGUCUCGUCUAUUAAAACUUGAGAACAACAAGCGUCAACAGUACUUCGCAAUAUCCAGUAUCCAUAUAUAUUACGACCUGAAAUGCCUGAAACUCAUACAAUAGUCAUAAGAUUGUAUAAAUUUGAAAAUAAGAAACAAAGGAAAGUUUCGCACAUAAUUUCUCAUAAUUUAAUAAAACGUCAUACGUAAUAGAGUUAACCAAAAUAUUAUGUUUGGAUAAAGAAUUUUGUGAAUUUUAUUUCUUUUAAAUAUAUAUACCAGUGAUUUAUCGGAUUCGCUUAAUCAAAAAUGUCAAAUACGUGUCCCAGUUCAUCUCAUCAACUGGUCGCAGCAUCCAUAGCCUUUCGACGUGCUCGUCGUAAAUUUCCAAAAAAUCUUGAAUUUCGGUCACGUUCAAGAUAUUAUCAUAAGGAGCCAAAGGUGACAAGUCCAGGAAACGUCAAAUCAGGAUUUUCAUCGAAUAAACAAAUUCGAAAUGUUAAAUCGAAUAAUUUGUAUUUGCCUAAUACAUGGAUAAACGAUCAUCCUAAGACACCUGACAGGUUCCUAAAAAAGGAUAUUAAGAGAAGACCCGAAUCGUCCUGUAGCUGCUGCCAAUGUCACUGUAAACCCCGCAAAGACGAUGCUAAGGAAAUCGACGUAGAAAAAUUGAAAAACGAAAAAAGUGGCGGCGACGUGAGGAACGGUAUAGAAAUGAAAAAUAAUAGUUACCCAGAUUACGUGAAACUGAAUUUCGAUACCGAUAGAAGAAAAUAUUUUGGAAAAAUGCACAGUGACAAAAAACCGUCAUGGAUUUACAAAUCAAAGUCACCAGUCGGGACAAAGUGUUACGAUAAAAGAUCCUGCGGCCGCGAGAUGGCAGCACUGUCCAUUCAUUCGGAUCGAACUAGAACCUUGAAAAAUGAUCCAGAAACUCAAUAUGAUCUUCUGACCUCGUACGAGACGCUGCGACAGGAUCAGGAUGACUUUCCAGGUGGAUUUUACGAUUGGGAAAAUCGAAAUCAUCCUGGAUUAUCCAUAAAGACAAUUUCACGAAAUGGCGUCGUGUCAGGUGGCUGCAGUUGCUUCGAGCAAUCUUCGGAAAUUACAUCCAGACAAGAGAGUUGCCUUAGACCCUCCUUCGUGAAAGCUCAGCAGCUCGGGAGGGUCUACGGAAAGAAUUUUUCCAAAGGAUGUUCCCGAUAUGUGCAACGCGCUAAAAAGUAUCCCCGGGAUUCGCCUUUGAUAUCGACGACACUUCCGGUCCAGGAGGAUGAAGUGGUACCCAUCGACCAUAAGGAUUCCGUAACGAUACUCGUGGAAAAAUUUCGUGACUGUGCGAAAAUCAAAGAUCAGGAUAGAAGGAAUUGCGGGGAGAUGAACGAGGGCAGGAUGAGAUCAUUACGAGAUAAUAACAAGAUGACUUGUUAUGGAAAUAAAAAGUCAGGUGGCUGUAGAAAAAAUUUUCAAAAUAUUCCAAACGAUUUUCGAAAGAUGAUUUCGAGAAAUCCUCGUUCCAGAGCGAAUGGAAUGUGGAGGCAUACGUUUUGAUAAUUUCUAUUUUGAUUUUACAAUUUUUUU